CCUUGUUCACUCGACUUUUUUGAUAGAGAUCAAACUUCACUCGACAUCACUCGACGCCAUUCGACUUGUUCAACAAGGUCUUGUCGAGUAAAAAAUCGAAUGAAAAAUCGAGUUGUUUGGCCGGGGCCUUAAAUGUUGUGGGUAAAUGAUAAAACUGGUGAUCAUGAUGAUAAUGAUUGUUAUGAUGAUGACAUUUAUGGCAGGUUUCAACCCCUUUAGUCCAAAUUAAAAUGUCAUGUUUCAAAAGCUAUCUUCGGUACAGAGUAUGAGCUUUGGUCUAUUUGGCACGAAACUAACCUCAAUCUUUAUAAGAUUCAGUAAAGUAGACAUCAUUCUGCAUUCAAAUAACGCCCCAUAAUUUAGCGCCCCUUGAAAAAAUUACCACAUCACGAUUCUACAAGUAUACAACGCUCUGGGCGCCUAUUCGCAACAUUAAAUUACUUAUAAAGUGCCUUCUUCAGUGGUUACGGCUAAUUUGUCAAGACCUUCAACGAAGUGUACAAUAAGGGGUUAAGAGACGGUUUAUGAGAUCGUUAACAGCGAUUUCCGCUUUGAAUUAACACCAAAAAUGAAGAAGAAGGAUCCUCUUGAAGAGAACAAAACUCAGUUUACCAAUUAUGGUAGAAUGUUAACUUCUAAUGCACAUGUAGCCACGUUGUACUGAGGAGCAAAGGCUCAAGAAGCACUUGGUAAUGUGAUUUUUUGAUUAUAUUGUGUUUGAUCUGCUGAUGCAAACUCUCGAGGGCUGAUUAGGUGGUCUGUUCUGUUAUAAAAUCUGUGUCUUUUGGCUUCAAUGAAGACUUUGAUAUGGUUAUAGGCGUGCACUUUUCAGCAACUGUAAAGACCGGAGCGGAUCAGUGUCAACAAUAUCCGGUAAACAGACCAUUAUACGACCGCCUGCCUAGUGAAUUUCUGCGUUUAGCUGACAAACCCAGCUGUGUGUACGAUCAAUAGAUUCCAUUAGCUUUAUUUGAGCUUGAUUUUACCACACUGACAAUAUAGUUAUCGUGGAAAGAAGCGACGGCUCAUUUAUCGUCCAGCUCUUCUACUGAGUACCUGACUUAGAAAGAGUGAUACACUUUAAGGGACGGAUCUAGCACAGGGCUACAGUCAUUCAUCAGGUCCAUCAACUUAAAAAGGUGCUCACCCAUACAUCGUCACCUGCCUUAAUCUAGGUGAUUUUCUAUGGACCAAAGAAAAAAUAGAGAAUUGAAUCUUGAACCAAUAUCAUCGUCUUUUCUUGUUGAGCACAUUUUAAGGCGGAGCGACACAAGCCCUUAUGAAAAUCAAAUGGAAAACCCUCAAGAUCACAUCAAGAGCCAAGGAGACCUUAACGUACACGCCAGCAUGGAUUAUAAUACUUUGGCAGGAACAGGCUCAAGUGAAGAGUUUAGUGGACUAAGCUGCAUGGUUGCUGAGGCGGAAAUCAAAGGUGCCAGAGAAUUUGCAAAAGUCGAAGAAACAUUUGCAAUUCAAUCAGAAGACACCAAAUAUGAUAUCAAAGAGGCCCAAAGGACCUGUACAGCAGCACCAGUUUCUGGAACAGCAACAACACAAAGCACGAGGCAAAAGAAAAAACCAAGAAUUUUGUUCUCUCAAUCACAAGUAACCGAAUUAGAGCAACGAUUUAAGCAACAAAAAUAUCUGAAUGCAAACGAGAGAGAACAACUGGCGAAUAAAUUAAAUUUAACACCAACUCAAAUCAAGAUAUGGUUUCAAAACAAACGCUACAAGUGCAAAAAGCAGAGCAUCGAAUCUAGAAAUCGAUUGGACUGGUUGAACUUCACUUCAGGGCGACAAGUGCCCGUGCCAAUAUUGAUACGAAACGGUCAACCAUCAUGCCUUUCUCGGUAUUGUAAUUCACCACCACCGUCGAUAUACCAAACGAACGGAGCUGUAGAUCAGUGCUAUGACAGCUACUCGUCCGCAAUUAACAGCAACAUAAAUUACAAUUACAAUGGCUAUAACUAUGGACACUCAGGCAUUUCUGCGCCGUACCACAAUUACAAUUCCUAUACACAUUCCCCUGGAUAUUCAGGCCACACGUCACCGUGGCAUUAUAAAUUGUAAAUACGAAAUCGUAGUUAGUUAUAUUUUGAAAUAAUGUUGUGUCAGACUGAUUAGACUAAAGGGCUAUCACUAAUGAAGUCCUUUUCAGCUACAGACAUUUAACAUUAACUAAAACUACAGGUUGCAGUAAAGGCAAACUGUUGUCCAAUCUUGCGAAGUUGGUCAGUAGAAAGAAACAUGCAGCUGACGUUAGCAAUAUUUGAAGCGCCAUUUCUUAUGGCUACAAUCGAAGCCAAAGUACAAGUUUAAUAGUUCGUUUAGUUGUGUUUAGUGAAUAAGAAAAGAUGCUCGCGGAUAAAUGCUCACCUGAAAUUAACAAGUUUUAACAAAGUCAAACGCCAACAAGGAAAGGCUCAAAAAUGGAAGCUUGUCCCACCUUAUUAUUCUUCACAUCUAUUUAAAGGACAUACCAAGUAUCGAUCAGAGUAAAAUAUUUUAUUGUGGCUCUUGCGACCGUAGACCGUAAAAUUUUGCACUUAAAAAUAUAACUUACACGAAUUUGUUUUGAAUAGGUGCAACUCAAGGCGAUUCAUUGCUGGCUCCAAAUUAACGUAUUAAAAUAUUACCGAGAAAUGUAGUUUGCCUCGGUGAGCUCCAAAUAUUUGGAAAAAUAAAUCUAUUACUAGGCCUGGCACAAAUGAGUACGAGUUCUUUUGAAUAAUAUAUUUAAAUCAAGAAUAAAUUACACUAUGUACUGCCUGGAAGGGUGUAGAUAUCUGUUUACAAGGAGACUUGUGAAGAGAAAGUGGCGAGACCAAUUAAUUAAUAAAUGUAAAUAAGAAACAGUGGAAAAAUCGAUGUAAAUUUUAUGUUAUUUGGGAUUUAGAAUUAGUGAAGAAUUGAAAGUUAUCUGAGUUAUUCGGUUUUUCAAUUUGGAUCUGUUUAGAGUGUACACUCGUUUUUUUAUAAGAAACUGGCUAUAAGAAACGAGUACUGGACAGUCAGAAAAAAAUAAGAAACUUCAGUACUCGAAGCAAACAAAUUAAGAAACUAUUAAAUCGUGAUAAAAUUGAGAACAACGAAAUUUUGUAAAAUCCAAGAACAUGAUUGCCCUGAUGGCCUAGAAAUUAAGACACAAGGGAUAAAAAUACACUUCCCACGUCUAAAUACAGCGUCAGAACGGAAGCGAAUCUCUUGACGCGAGAAAAAGGUCACGAACAUUUCAUAACAUCAUUCAUGACAUCAUAAUUAAGAAACUCUUAAGAAACAACGAGUAUUGAAAUUUCCA